AUGAACUCAGCAAAAUUGGCAACGACGAUACAACGUUAUCGACAACGGGUCAAGCAAGAGUGGCCACGGCUUAUCGUGGCCUUUGUCUCGCUCUACGGCAUCUAUUUUGCCGCCAACACCAUUCUCACCACCACCGACCAGUUCAAAUUCCUUGGCGCCCUCAACAUCCGUAACAUAACGCUCAACGACUACAGUCAAAACGAUAUUCUCCCGCAAGAUCCGACGCCACACCAUACUACCCUCGCCAGCAACAGCAAGAACGGACACAAUGAACGCAGCAGUAACGGUGGCAUCCGCAAUAACAACCACGCUGUCCCGUCAAGGCCAGGCAAGUCGCUCUUGAACCAAAUCCGGAUUUUGCAGAGCGCGACAAAUCUUGAACUGGACUUUGAGGGCCAGACAGAGGCAGCGGCGAUCUACACGUUGCUUGUGAUAUCGUCAUUGUCGAUUGUGGACAACCUGAUUGGGAUUAUGGUUGCGACGAGACGGUCGUUGAGAUUGACGCAGGUGGCGUUUGCGAUUUGGUGUUUGAGGUUUCUUUUCCGUACACUGUCGUUGAUCUCGGUUGGAUUUAUGCUGGCCGUCAGCGCCGAGUUUCGUCGGAACGAUUUGCCAGGCCUGAUUACGCCUUCUCUUCAACAACAACAACCACUCCAUCCCAAUUCGACGAACAUUGACGGGAGUGGAGGAGGAGGACCAGACUUUGGUGAGAGGGAGCAGUCAACGAUGUACACGAUUACGGCGCUGGAAAUUAUUGUGGCGAUUGUUCACGGAUGGUCGUUGUUGGUGUUGAUUCGGGAUCUCAGAAACCAACCACGUCCCAGAACUGUGCUUGUCAGAGUUUGGGCAUGGUUCUGUGGAACUAGGUUUGGAGACCGACUUGGCUUGAGUCGGUACCAGAACUACAGCCCUUACCUGAAUGUUGUAGGAGGAGGGGUUGGUGGUGGUAGUGGUGGCGUAGGGGCAGGAGGAGAAGGUGGUGUGUGGGAUAGGGAGAUUGCGGCCAGUCUUGGGCUGAACAGCGGUCUGUUGAGCAGCGGAAGCAGCAUACGGAGUGUUGCAGUCUCUGCGCCAGAGAUGGGUGUUGUCCCUGGACGGUCCAGAGCAUCGAGCAUUAAAUUCGUCCUUCCUUCGUUCUUCAAUCUCCCAGUCCCUUACAAACACUCCUCCUCCUCCUCCUCUUCCUCCUUCUCCUCCAAGAUGAAGCCCCAGUUGAACCAGAAGCUUCAAGGCCGAAACCGCGGUCUUAACAACAACAAUACCAACGCUCCUGCCGACCCAAACAAGCCCGCUGUCCCAAGAAUGCUCAGACGCAUGACACGACAAUCGUUCAUGGACGUCGAUCUCCAGUAUCUCCUCCGAUGUGACCCCUCCACCCCGGAUCCCUUUGAAAACUCGUCUCCUAUCCUCUCGGACCCACCAUCCUUGUUCCGCCCACUGCCACCUGUGGCUGCUGCUGCUCAGGCAAUUGCUCAAGGUGCGGCACCGUGGUCUUUCCACGAGGCUGCUCGACUCCAAAAGGAGCAAGAAGACCUUCGAGUUCAAUAUUUGCAAUUCCUGCACCAGCUCCAUCUGGCGAACCCCCAUGGAUUCCUUGCCCACAUGAACACGUUCGCAACCGAGUACCCCCAAGAGUUCCUUCAACUGCAGUCAUACAUCAAAUUCCAGGAACACCAAGCUCAUCAACGUCAAGUCGAGCAGCGACAGAAGGAGGAAUUGGUCCAAUAUCAGAUGGAGCUGGAAAGACGCAACAAGGCUGAACAGGACCUGCGACAAUUUCAAGAAUUUCAAGAGCUUCAACUCCAAAAGGAGGAACAGAAUCGACAGGAGGAGCUGCUGCAGAGUUGGUUGAUCCGCCGCCAGCAGACAAGGGCUAGCUACAAGAAGGAGAUGGACCUGGCGGAUUUGUUCACGCUGGCUUUUCAGAGGGACCGGCAGCUUGUUGGCAAGGUCACCUCGAGCCCGGGAGGGAUUGAUAUGGUGUUGACCCCUCAGCAGCAAUUUGAGUUUGGACAGUUCUUGCAGGCGAACCAGAUGGAAGAGGAAAAGAAGCGCAAGGACGCAUUGUUGUUGGAAAGUUUUGGAUUGCACCAGUCGUCAUCAAGUGCUAGUGGUUUUGGUGGCGGUGUUGGGGGAGGAGGAAGACUGUUUGGCGGAAUGGGUGGCAACGGUGGUUGGGGUGGUGCCAAUAGUAGUCUUGGUGGAGGAGGGUUCUCCAAGACGAAUGAGCCGGUGUCGCUUGGAUCAAACGACGGUCUUCGCCGCAGCGGUCGCAACCAGAACCGCGCCACGCCCCGAUACCGCUAA